AUUUUCAGUAAAUGUAUAGAGGGGUAAGAGUGUACUAAGCGGAGAGGAGAGUAAAAAGCGACAGUGCUACCUGGACAGUGUGGAGCGGAGAUCUUAUUUCCCAGACUCUUGUUUCUACCAGUGUCUGUUGUUCAGCACAGCCAGCCACCAUGCCCACUGACGCCCAAAGCGAUGCCCGCUCCUUCCUGACGGAGGAAAUGAUUGCAGAGUUCAAGGCUGCCUUCGACAUGUUCGACACAGACGGUGGCGGUGACAUCAGCACAAAGGAGUUGGGAACCGUGAUGAGGAUGCUGGGCCAGAACCCCUCAAGGGAGGAGCUGGACGCCAUCAUUGAGGAGGUGGAUGAGGAUGGCAGCGGCACCAUUGACUUCGAGGAGUUCCUGGUCAUGAUGGUGCAACAAUUAAAGGAGGACCAGGCUGGGAAGAGUGAAGAGGAGCUCUCUGAAUGCUUCCGUAUUUUUGACAAGUAUGACAUUUACUUAGCACUGUGGCUACACUAAAGACUCAAUAGAUUAGAAUAAAUUACAAUUACAAAAAG